GACCUUCCCAUUCCCGAACGUUUUCUUCAAAUCCAGAGCCCAAAAAAUCACAAACCAGCAGCUUCAACCGCGUUAACAGAACAUCGCCAUCGCUCUCACAAAGUCCAAUCCCCUCGUCAAAUUCACCUCCUUCCGAAUCUUCCCUCUCAUCUUUCCCACCGCGUUCACACCUGCAACACACGCCCCGUCCCCCAAUUAUAAAAUCAAACCCCGUCUCCUUCCUUUCAAUCCUUCAAUCCUUCCGCGUUCCCAUUCAUUCAUUCUUCAAACCUUUCAGACUCAACAAUCUCAAUUCUCUUGUUCACAUGGAGAUGACUUCCUUCUCUGCUUUGCUGAACCAAGACGAUUACUCCAACUUUUACAGCAUAUUUCAGGACAUGGAUGCCCACAACAUCACCACUGGUACCACCGCCACUCGGAAGCGGCGAAGAAAAGGCGACGGCGACGGCGACGAGGUUGAAGGUUCUGGGAAGGUGGCAUUGAAGGAGAUCCUCGCGUCUCUUCUUCUGUUGGAUGAGGAGGAGAAAACAGAGCAGCAGAAGUGGGCUAUGGACUCCCAGCACCAGAAAUCUCUUAUCGAUGCCAAUUACCAACACACCCACCAGGCGAUGCAGGAGUACAAUCUUCAGCUCCAACACCGUUUCUCGAAUUCCGACGAGCACGACCGUCUUCGACUGAAGCGGGCUCGUGGGUCCACUUCCGCCGCCCUCGGCGCCGCCGCAAUUGCGUCGGAAGACUCCAACUCUAAUGUCUCCAACUCCAACUCCGACACUCAGAGUCCCCCCGCGGGCGGCGGUGCGCGGCGGCUGUGGGUGAAGGACCGGUCCAAGGCUUGGUGGGAAAUGUGCAGCAGUCCCGACUUCCCCGACGAGGAUUUCAAACGCGCGUUUCGGAUGAGCCGACCGACGUUCGAUUUCAUCUGCGGCGAGCUCGACUCCGCCGUGACGAAGAAGGACACCAUGCUCCGCGCCGCCAUCCCCGUCCGCCAGCGCGUGGCGGUCUGCAUCUGGAGGCUCGCGACGGGAGAGCCUCUCCGCCUCGUGUCGAAACGGUUCGGCCUUGGCAUCUCCACCUGCCACAAGCUCGUCCUCGAGGUCUGCUCUGCGAUUCGCGCCGUCCUCAUGCCCAAAUUCCUCCAAUGGCCGGACGAUGCGAGGUUGAACACGAUCAAGACAGGGUUUGAAUCGAUUUCCAGGAUUCCCAAUGUCGGCGGGUCAAUGUACACCACCCACGUCCCCAUCAUAGCUCCCAAGAUCAGCGUCGCCGCGUAUUUCAACAAGCGCCACACGGAACGCAACCAGAAGACUUCUUAUUCAAUUACAGUGCAGGGCGUGGUCGAUCACACAGGGGUCUUCACGGACGUCUGCAUUGGCUGGCCUGGUUCAAUGCAGGACGAUCAAGUUCUCGAGAAAUCUGCUCUGUUUCAGAGGGCAAACAGGGGACUCCUGAAGGAUGUUUGGAUGGUGGGAAACUCUGGGUUUGCUCUUAUGGAUUGGGUUCUCGUUCCUUACAAUCACCAGAACCUCACUUGGACUCAGCACGCCUUCAAUGAGAGAAUUGGGGAAGCUCAGCGAGUUGCUAAGGAAGCGUUUGGGAGGCUGAAGGGAAGAUGGGCUUGCCUGCAGAAGAGAACAGAGGUGAAGCUUGAGGACCUGCCUGUGCUUCUUGGCGCAUGCUGCGUUCUGCACAACAUCUGUGAAAUGAGGGGUGAGGAGGUGGAGCCAGAACUCAUGGGGUUCGAGCUCUUCGACGACGAGACCGUUCCGGAGAAUGCAGUGAGGUCGACGGAGGCCGCACGGGCUCGGGAUCACAUUGCUCACAAUCUCCUCCACCAUAGCCUUGCAGGAACUGGGUUUCUAUAGUGGUUUCUGCUGGUUUUUGAUUUUUAAUUUUGUUGUCAUUCUUUAUACCGUUGCUCGGCAGAGCAUAGCCAUAGGCCCAUAGUGUAGAAUAAUCUGUUUUAGUUUAUCAUGAUUGUUUAUAGGUUCUUGUAUAAAUUUUAUUAUACCCAGCUAAUAAAUGAAUCCAUAGAUUUUUGUUUCGGUAUAA